UUCAGAUCUGACUUUGACCCCAGCAGAACCCUUUCGUCUCGUCUGUGAAAAUAAAGAAACUUUAAAUUAGUUUGUUACACUACCCUUUCAACAUUCAAAGCAGUGGCCCGGCCGCCCCAUUCUGAUUUGAGAGGGAGCACUGUCGCCGUCGCUAACGUGCCGUGCGUCGCACUCUGUCCAUUUCCCUACCUUUCAUCGGCUUCGCUGAGUCAUGUCGAGGAAAAUGCUUAUCGAUGGGGAGACAAACCGCACCAACGAAGAGGGGAUUCAUUAUGAUUUUGACCUAUUCGUGAUUGGUGCUGGAAGCGGUGGUGUUCGUGCGGCUCGAUUCUCUGCUAACUAUGGUGCUAAGGUUGGGAUCUGCGAGCUUCCAUUCCAUCCGAUCAGUUCAGAAGUAAUUGGAGGAGUUGGUGGAACCUGUGUUAUCCGAGGUUGUGUUCCAAAGAAAAUAUUGGUUUAUGGAGCUGCUUUUGGAGGUGAACUUGAGGAUGCCAGGAAUUAUGGAUGGGAAUUAAACGAGAAGGUUGAUUUCAACUGGAAAAAGCUUUUGCAUAAGAAGACAGAAGAAAUUACUAGGCUAAACGGAAUUUACAAGCGUAUGUUGGGGAACGCUGGCGUCAAAUUGUUUGAAGGAGAAGGAAAGAUUGUUGAUCCUAAUGAAGUUGAGGUGACACAACUUGAUGGCACUAAGUUGUGCUACUCUGCCAAGCACAUAUUGAUUGCAACUGGUGGUCGGGCUCAACGUCCACCUAUCCCUGGCCAGGAAUUGGGAAUAACAUCAGAUGAGGCACUGAGUUUGGAGGAACUACCAAAACGUGCUGUGGUGCUUGGGGGAGGGUACAUUGCUGUAGAGUUUGCUUCUAUAUGGCGUGGCAUGGGUGCAACAGUUGAUCUUUUCUUCCGUAAGGAACUCCCAUUGAGAGGUUUUGAUGAUGAAAUGAGGGCAGUGGUUGCAAGAAACCUUGAAGGGAGGGGAAUUAAUCUGCACCCAAGGACUAAUUUGUCCGAGCUGAUUAAAACAGCUGAUGGUAUAAAAGUUGUUACAGAGCAUGGGGAGGAAUUGAUGGCUGAUGUUGUUCUUUUUGCCACUGGUCGGACGCCUAACACGAAGAGGUUGAAUUUGAGUGCUGUUGGUGUUGCAACUGAUGAGAUAGGGGCUAUCAAGGUGGAUGAGUAUUCAAGAUCAAAUGUUCCUAGCAUUUGGGCUGUCGGUGAUGUUACCAAUAGAAUAAACCUGACCCCAGUGGCUUUGAUGGAGGGCACGUGCUUUGCUAAAACUAUUUUUGGUGGGCAACCUACUAAACUGGACUACAGUUAUGUGCCAUGUGCUGUGUUCAGCAUACCCCCACUCUCUGUCGUUGGACUCAGUGAGGAGCAUGCAAUAGAGCAAGUAAAUGGAGAGAUCUUGAUCUUCACAUCAACUUUCAAUCCAAUGAAGAAUACUAUCUCUGGGAGGCAAGAAAAGACGGUCAUGAAACUUGUUGUUGAAGCAGAAACAGAAAAGGUUCUUGGUGCUUCCAUGUGCGGGCCAGAUGCCCCAGAGAUUAUGCAGGGCAUUGCAGUUGCAUUGAAGUGUGGAGCAACCAAGGCACAAUUUGAUAGCACAGUUGGAAUACACCCGUCUGCUGCUGAGGAGUUUGUAACAAUGAGAUCAGUCACAAGACGUGUUAACGGAAAGCCAAAAACCAAUCUCUGAGUACCCAAAGCUCUACUGCAUAGAUGAGAGAUACGGGACAGUCACUCUUCUAGCUAAUGAUUGUUUUCUGUAAACACACAGGAUCCAGUCGGCGUGGUUUGUUCAGUGGUUCUGUUCACAAUAAUAAAAGCUCCUGUGUUGAAUCUUUCAGUGAACAUCUGUUGGCAUGGAAUGGGAACGGGGAGGUGAUAUUGUAUUACAUCAAUCCUCUACUAGCUUGAGUUAGAUUGAAAGAAUGCGAGAUUAAUUGGUUUUGGCCUGAAGUUUUAUGCUUGGGACUGUUCGUUUUUCUUCCA